UUUUUCUCAAUUAUCAAUGGCAUCAUCAUCUAUGUACUGUGUUCUCUGGUAGCAUUUCAUUUCAUGGACAAGUUGAAACGGUUGCUGUUUAAGAAAGAUAGUUAGUUAACUUGCAAUAUUAAUUGAAUUGAAUGAUGUGCUUACCAUUCACUUAUAUACUGUUUCUUAAAGCUUGUUGAAAUGUCUCAAGUUCAUGUGAAACGAAAGAGAGCAGAUUGGAGUGAUAAGAAUCUUGGAAUUUUUUUGAAAGUGUGCGUUGAAGAGGUACGUGCUGGGAAUAGACCUCACACUCACUUUACAAGAACUGGAUGGGCAAAUAUACAAGCCAAGUUCAACAAUGCCACAAAGUUAGCAUAUGAUUAUAAAAAAUUUAAAAAUAAGUGGGAUCAUUUGAAAGUAGAUUGGGCAUUAUGGACAAAGCUUAAUGCAAUAGAAUCAGGUCUUGGUUGGGAUGCAACUAAGAGAACAGUAGCUGCUAGUGAUGAAUGGUGGGAGGCCAAAAUCAAGGAGAGUCCUGAGGUUGGAAAGUUUAGAGAUGAAGGUCUGAAAUUUUUUCCUGAGAUGGAAAUUUUAUUCAAGGGUGUAGUUGCUACUGGUCUUGCAGCAUAUGCUCCAUCUGAAGAUUCAAGAGACUCUCACGGUCAAAGCAUUGGAGUGGAAGAGUCAUUUGAUGCUGAUAUUGAUGAGGCCGAAACAGAAGAGCAUGGGAUUGAGGUAGAAAUGACAGCGCAACCAUCAUCUUCAAGGGGAAAUGGACAAAGGAAGAGAGGUAGAGAGGGUGAGAAGAAAGUUGGGGAUGCGGCUAACCUCUCUAGUCAAUUGGAACGUGUUAUUAAUAGCUUUGAGUCAAGUGAUCCUGGAUCUAAAAAUGAUCCUGCUAACAUCAAUGCAUGUGUAGAGAGGCUAAAGAAUCUACCAGGGCUCACUCGUGGGAGUGAUUUAUUUUACACGGGCAUUAGUCUUAUGGACAAAAGGGAGAAUAGGCUUAUCUUUCUUUCCUUAGAGGAGCCUACACUGCAGCUUGGAUGGAUUAAGUCUAAACACAAAUAGGCUUAUUUGGAUAUGUGAUCUUAUAUGGUCUUGUUUGGAUAUUUUAUGACAUAUGUUAGUGUUAUGACUUUAUGAAUUUUGGAUAUGCGAUCUUAUGUGGUCUUGUUUGGAUAUUUUAUGACAUAUGUUAGUGUUAUGACUUUCUGAAUUUUGGAUAUGUGAUCUUCUAUGAGCUUGUUUGGAUAUUUUAU